AUGUCUGAGCCCAAAAGGAUCACACUCUACGCGGCAGUUGAUUCACCGUAUCCCCACCGGGUUCGUUUGGCCAUCGAGGAGGCCAAAGCCACGUACGAUACCAUCGUGAUCGACCUGUUGGACAAGCCAGAGUGGUAUGCACAGAAGGUCCCCUACCUCGUGUACGGCGGAUCCAAGCUGCAACCGGGCGGUGCACUCUCCGCUGACGCCGUCGGGAUCCCAGAGUCUCUAGUCAUUCUAGAGUUCAUCGCCGACAUCUUCCCAAACGCCCACCUCCUACCAGCGGACCCGACGCUCCGAGCUCGCGCCCGGCUCUUCUACAGCGGGCUCGAAGCGGGCCCGUUGGGCAAGGGGUCUGUUCUUGGCUUCCUCUUCCAAGGGACCCCUUUGGAAGAUCUUCUCGCGGGGCUGGACAAGUUUCAGAGCAAGCUCCCGCCCACGGGGUUCGCGGUGGGCGAAUGGUCCAUCGCCGACGCGGCCACUCUUCCCGUCCUGCUUCGCUUGCAGUUGGCGCUCAAGGAGGGCCUUGGCCUGCGCAGGCCAGAGGAUUUAAAGGAGGCGCAUGCGGCCAUCUUCGAGCCUGAAUCGGGCCCGAGGUUUGCGCGACUCCGUCAAUAUAUUGACGACAACCUGGCUCGCCCUAGCGUGGCCAGGUCGUGGGACCCAGCUGCGACGAAGGCGAAGUUUGAGCAACGUAUCAAGAUAGUCCGUGCGAAGGAUCCGACGGCGACCAGUAUGCCCCAUUAG